AUGAAGGCGGUCAGCAUCCUGGCCCUGCUUGGCUGCUUGGUCACAGCCAUUGAGUCCAAAGUCUACACUCGCUGUAAACUGGCAAAAAUAUUUUCAAGGGCCGGCCUGGACAAUUACUGGGGUUAUAGCCUUGGAAACUGGAUCUGCAUGGCAUACUAUGAGAGUAAGUACAACACCUCAGCUCAGAAUGUGCUGGCGGACGGAAGCAUUGACUAUGGCAUUUUUCAGAUAAACAGCUUCACAUGGUGCAGAAGCAAGAAGCUGCAGGAGAAGAGCCAUUGUCAUGUAGCCUGCUCAGCCUUGAUCACCGAUGACCUCACUGAUGCAAUUAUCUGUGCCAAGAAAAUUGUUAAAGAAACGGAAGGGAUGGACUAUUGGCAAGGCUGGAAGAAACACUGUGAGGGCAAAGAACUGUCUGAGUGGAAAAAGGGAUGUGAGGUUUCAUGA